AUGGUCUUAUGUAGUUUUGUCAUCAGAUUCUGAAAAUGAUGAAUACAUUAGUAAAAUAUGGCUAAUUACUGUUUGUGCAGCAGUUGUUUGAAGGACAGAUUUUUAUAAGAUUUUGUCUUGUCACAAAUGCAUGUAAAAUGUACACACUUCCAAUGAACCCAAUCAGACAUGGUUUCAAUCAGUUAAUCAGUCAUGUCAUUGUGAGAAAUGGUCUAAUUUGGGAAGCUGGAAUAGCUCAAAAGUGACAUUCAGGAUAGAGAACAAUCUCAAAAAUGCCACGGUGUGAAUAAAGGGUGUUUUUGGAUGUCUUGUUUUUGCUCUCUCAGUCUCGCAUAGGCCUAUGCCAUCUAUGCCAUGAAACCAUCAAGCAAUGGCAUCUAGGGGGAAGUCGGAGAAUGACAAACUGCAACAGAACCUCGAAGAGCAGUUAGAGCGUCUUGUCAAUCAGUUGCAAGAUCUCGAGGAAUGCAGAGAAGAACUGGACGAUGAUGAGUAUGAAGAAACCAAGAAUGAAACUGUCGAACAGCUGAAGGAGUUUGACGAAUCAUUGAGUCGGAUGCGGGGGGGAAAUCUUAGUUUAGUUGAUGAAUUAAAUGCCAUGCAACUGGCCAUUCAAGCUGCCAUUAGUGACGCCUUUAAAACACCAGAAGUUAUUCGACUGUUUGCCAAGAAACAACCAGGACAACUGAGACAAAGAUUAUCAGAGAUCGAAAGAGAUGCAAAAAUAGGGAAAAUGCCGAAAGAAACCGCGACGCAACAAACAGUAGAGAUCUUAACUGCCCUGAAGAAAUUAGGGGAGGAGCUCACACCAACGGAGAUAGCCUUCUUACAGAAUAAUUCCAGUGCCAGUCUCAAACAAUUUGAAAAAGUUACAGGCGAUUUAGGUUCUGGAGCUAAGGUUUUGGCAGUAGCUGGUUCACAAGUGAAACAAGCAAGCAAGUAGCUGUUGGAACAAGGACACUCAAUUGAACUGCUCCAGUUAAAAGAAAACCUGAAGAAUACUUCAACAUUCAAAGAUAGAGACUUUUUUGAUGAGCCCCUUAAACAAUGGAUUCAAAUCGUAUAACUUGCGAUCAUGAUUCCAUGUAACAAAACUGCCUGUUUGCGAUGGUCAUCAGACUUCUGUUCGGAGAAAAAAAAUGUGAGAAGAACCAAUUUAAACUAGACAAGUGAUGUGCCGAAAUUCCGAAAGUACCUGUGUAACAAAUAUGUUAAACCUAUACUGCUUUGCUCAAAUAUGUUGUAACAAGCAUGACACAGCUACAUGUAAAUUUAUUGCUUGGACAUUCUUUUUUAAUUUUUGUUGAUUUUUAAAAAAAAUUGACAUCGCAUAAUGAAUACAUUUUUACGAUUAGAAUGGAUUCUCAGGUUUAUUUUUGGUCUUCUCUCUGUCCAGGUCACAAUUCUUAUUUGAGGUAAGAUGCGUUUUUAAGUGCUACAUGUAUAUUGUUAGAUUAUUUAUGCUAUUAUGGUAAGGGUGCUUUUAAUCUUGAGGCUUUAGAGAGUUAUCUACAAUGUAGUUGAAAAGGUCAGUAAUGCAUUCAAGCAUUAUCUAAGGAUGGAAAUCUCACGUUCCUUCCACAUGGUGUCUGGAAAAGUUCAGUUUUUGAAUUGUUUAUGUUAAAAAGUAUUCAAGUGGAACCUCUCACAGCAGGACACCUCUCUAUCAAGAAUAGCAUUUGUCUGUCCUGAGGGUGUCCUUAAAGGGAUAUGCCGUUUGUUUUUCGGGAGUCUCAGGAAAAUAGAAAUGCAUUUACACACAAUGCUGAAUAAUAACUGAACUACGGCAUUGUGUAUAACUGCAUUUCUAUUUUCCUGGACCACCAGUACCGUAAUUACUAACCACAAAAUCUAACAUCGCGUGGUCGAUUCCACAAUAUAGCUAUGUAUGCUUGUCAACUGUCAUGACAAUUCAAUAUUCAUUUCCUCAGGAAAAUCAUGCUGAUAAUUUUUUGUAAUUUGUGUUAUAAAUUGCAUUGUAAAUAUUCUGUUAUCGAAUGAUAUAAAUAAUAAUUGUAAAGAUUAUCUCAUCGCUAGAAAAA